AUGAGUAACGGCCCGAACAGACAAAGUGGCCAGGCCGCUCGCGGGCCCAUGCCGGCCUUUGGUACAUUCGGCGCACACCAAGCUUCGGCCUCGAUCUUACUCGAAAAGUCCAAUCCUGGUCUUCGCAGGACGACUCCCGAUUCAGAAGCUCUGGCCUCAUCUGACGACGAAGUCGAGCAUGCCAAGGCCAUGGUAACCAGCAAUGCAAAAGCUAACCGGAAUGCUCGACGGACGUCCUGGCUGAACGAUGUCACCGCAUCCAACAUCAACCGGAAGCCUUCCAUCACCGGUCCGUACAGUCCUUCUACUUCACAUCCAGGAACUCCAGGGUCCGAGCAAUCUCCGUGGAUCAAUAUUAACAAUUCCGGUGCUGCAGGAUGGCCAAGCCAACAAACCUCGUAUCCAUGGACGAUCUGGGGUCAAGACGGCCGCAAAGACCCACCAACCAGGCUUCAGGAAGUCCUCCCGAUCAACGGUGAAGGUGGUAUCCCCUUCUCGAUCCCCUUACAACCCACCCCCAAGACGUAUCGUUCACAGUCAUAUUCCGUCGGCCAGCUUGAUACCACCUCGGCGUCCAGUGCACCCAAUCCGGUGUCGACUUCGGUCGAGGCCACACGAAACCGAUUAGGGGGACAAUACCCGUCCUUGCAGAGGCGAACCUCAAGGGCGAGCGGCCUUGCCACCAUUGAAACUGGAGGCCUCGGCCGACUGCGAGAGAUAGAGGACGAUGAAGAGGACUUGGGUGAUAGUCAGACAUCAGGGCUAAGUGCUACCGAACAGGCACGCACGAUUGAAAGAUUGGAAAAGGAAAACGCGCAGCUCCGUCAGGCCGCUCAGACACGCGACAGGACGCUCUCAGGUGCAUCCGCAGCCACGCAACCUCCGCCCGGAUUUCGCAACGCUCGUCUUCGCCCUGCCGUUCCUGGAGAUGCCGAAACUGCCAUCGAUGACAGGGAGGAUCUGAUGGUUCCCGGCGGCAUCGCUGGUUGGGAGAAUGGUGCUCGUCGUAUGAGUGAACAAGCAGUCGGGUAUCCUGAAAGGCAAUCGCUGUCCUCUGUUGAGAACCGCAACCUCGACAGUGUCAGAAAAGCCCAAUGGCAGACUUCUCUCGGAUUCGGGCCCAUCCCAGAGGCCCCACAAAGCCGGCGACAUUCAUUUGCCGACGUGCCAACCCGACACGGUUCGUUCAGCUCCAAUGGUAAGGACGUGGAAAGAAUUCCUUGGCCGACUCUAGGAACUGAUUUGCUAGAACGUGAAGACCAUAUGACAGCAUAUGAGAGUGGCUCCCAAACUUUAUCCCAAGGAGAUGAUCGUGAGUUGGCCCUAGCCCUGUUUCAACCCAGUGAAACCCAGAUGAAUAUCAUUUACUUACGAAGCCGCCGUUUUGCAGCAGCCUACUUCAAUGCCACGGAAUCUACCCGUCGCGCCGCGGACGCCCGAGUUCACCAGUCACACCAUGAUCCUCAGCAUUACGGUCCCCUGGGCAUUGGUGCCUUCCUCGAACCUGCGAGUCAACCCCUUUACAUUGUGAAUUUCAAGUGUUGUCGGUCCGAUGUCUUCUACAUUCAAGAUGGGACUGGUCUCCAUGUCAAUGUGGGCGACCUCGUCAUCGUAGAGGCUGAUCGAGGCACAGACCUUGGCACGGUUCAGCAUACCAACAUUUCAUGGGAAGAUGCCCGACGAUACAAAGAUUACUACGCCGAGGAGCAUUACAAGUGGUUGAUGAUGUUCUCUAUGCAGAGUCGCAACGGAGGUCCCAAUGUUGUCAACCCAAAUGGGAUCCCUGGACGACCGGGGAGCGCAGUCGGUGGAAUGGGCCCUCAAGGUCAUCAUGGGUCGCACGACGCCCCGCAUUCCGACUUGAAACCUAAGAUGAUCAAACGAUUGGCCCAGAAUCACGAGAUUCAGUCGCUCAAGGACAAAGAGGGUAACGAGGCUAGGGCUAAACGUGUCUGUCAACAAAAGGUCGUCGAGCAUCGACUGAACAUGGAAAUCCUUGACGCCGAAUUUCAAAUGGACAGCAAAAAGCUCACAUUCUAUUACUUUGCCGACAAUUACAUCAACUUCAACCACCUUGUGACAGAUCUUUUCAAGAUCUACAAGACUCGGAUCUGGAUGUCAGCCAUCAAUCCUGCUUCUUUUCAGACUCCAACCGCUUCUCUUGCUAUCACCCCUGUUUAUAGUGCUGCUCCUGGAGAGGAGCGGCACCGGAGACGGCAACAGCCCCUCCAACAACAGUCACAGCAAACCCAUGGCCUCGGUGCCCAACCUGUCACCACUCCCUUUGGAGAUUCUUUUGACGCCGAUCGGACGUUCAAAAACCAAAGUCAGGGAAUGCGCAAUUCUUACUACAAUCAAUUCCAGGACGUUGGGGCCGGCCCUCAACAACUACAACGCGGUGCUUCGCCAUUUUCGCCCAACAUGACAGGCUCAAUGGAUCCUUUCAUGUCUUUCUACGGACCACAAUACCCGCCUGUCAACCCUGGCGCCCCUAAUUUUGCCAACAACCGACCUGACCUCCGAGCAAGGGGUCAUAAUCAGCCCGGCGAUUUGAACUGGAUGGGACGGUUCCAAGGGUUGUCUCUCGGUUCUUGA